AUGACGUCGUCGUCGCCGGUCUGCGUGGUGUCGAGGCACAUCGUGAAGCCACCGCCACGGCCACGCGAGUGCAUCCCGCUCACGUCGUGGGAUGUCGCCAUGCUGUUGGGCAACUACAUCCAGAAGGGUCUCCUCUUCGCGCGGGCACCGUUCCCGACGGCCGAGCUCGUCGACCACCUCCAGGCCACCCUCGCCGACGCGCUUGCCACCUACUACCCCGUGGCCGGGCGCUUCGUCACGGAGCAGCACCGAGAUGACCACGGAGACGUCGUCGGCAGCACGGUGUCCAUCGACUGCGGUGGCCAGGGCGUCGAGAUCCACCACGCCGUCGCCGACGGCGUCGGCGUAGCUGACUCUCUGUUCCCGCUCAACGGCGCCAUCAACUACGACGACCACGAGCUCCCGCUCUUCGUCGUCCAGGUCACGGAGCUCGUCGACGGCGUCUUUCUCGGGUUCGCGUGCAACCACUCGCUCUGCGACGGCACUGGUUUCUGGAACUUCCUCAACGGGUGGGCGGAGAUCGCGCGCGCUAGGUUCGCGCCCGCGGAAGCCCCACCCGCGGAGCCGGCGUCUCGGCCGCCGCCCUUGUUCGAACGCUGGUCGCCCGACGGCAGUGCAGCGUCGCCGACCGUGCUCCCGUACGCCGACCUGUCGGUGCUCGGCAAGAGGCCGACGCCAACGCCGACGCCGAUGCGCGAGCGGAUGCUGCACUUCCCGGAGGAGUCCCUGGCGGUGCUCAACGAGCGAGCGAGGCAGGAGCUCCUAGCUGCCGGGGACCCGGCCGGCGCUGCUGCCUUGACCAGAUUCCAGGCGUUGACCUCCCUUCCGGACCAGCAGACGGUGUGCUUCGCGGCCGCCGACAACCGUGGGCAUCUCCGGCCGCUUGUUCCGGCGGAGUACUUCGGCAACUGCAUCAAGCUCGUCUCAACUGACGCGGUGCGCGCGUCUGAGCUUCUGUCGCGCUGGCACGGGUGGGCGGCGGCGGCGCACACGGACGCAAGCAUCCAUGCGCAUGUGGCGGCGUCGGCGGCGAAUCCGUUGCUGCGCCCUGGCCGGUUGUUCCCCGCGAACGCCGUGCUGAUGGGGAGCUCGCCGCGGUUCGACAUGUACGGCUGCGACUUUGGGUGGGGGAAGGCGCUGGCGGCGCGCAGCGGCAGGGCCAACAAGAUGGAGGGGAAGGCGUCGCUGUACCCUGGGCGGGACGGAGGCUUCGACGUGGAGGUGGUGAUGCUGCCGGAGCACAUGGCGGCGCUCGAGCAGGACGAGGAGCUCUGGGCCGCCGUGUCGCCGGCCACGGCCAGGGCCACGAAAGAAUGA